AUGCAGAACUAUUUGGGGGUCUGAAACAAAGGAUCAAGUGCUAUUAAACUUCAUUUGCUUUGUAGUUUCAGCCUGGUGGCACCGAAUUAAUGGGAAGGAGGCUAUCUCAUAAAAUGGAGACUGAUAGAGGGCAGGGGACCUUGCAGCUGCUUCAAUGAAAAAUACCAUAGAUAAAGUCACAGUUCAAUUUUCCUGCAGAUCCUCACAUCUGGUUAGCACAGUCCUCCCUUCAGCUGGUAAUGGACUUGAGACAGUUCUGGACUUUGUGAGCCUUAAAUCUGAAGUCAUGUGAUGCCAUGUUCUAAGUUCAGUACAGAAGAGCCUGUUGGGCUGUGCCAAAGCCAAAAGAACCUACAGCAAUUCUGGUCGUGGAAAGACAUAGCAACCUUUGGGAUUAUUGCUUAGCAACUGCAAACACACAGAGGAGUAAAACUCACAGCCCAGCUCCACAGCAGGUCUGAAAAAUCCCAAAUUCACAUCAAGAUUUUUAAUGGUUGAGAACAGAUGGGCAUAUAUUAAAUUCCUGUUGAUUUGCAAAGCCACUUUGAAUGCAGGAGGAAUAAGAUCUAUUUUGAUACCUGCUCCAAAGUGAUUGAGGUAUGGCUGCUCAGCCAGAAGAAUCAGAUCCUGAACCUGCACAUAAGGACAGGACUGCAACAGAGGUGGAAAGCAAUCAGGGGGGUGAUGAACUUCCAUGUCCUAGUAAUUACACUUCGUGGAAGGAGUGUUUUCAUGAACAGGUGCAACAAAGGUGUCUGAGUCUGCAGGAGACAAAUAUGAGAUUGCUUCAAGCACAAAAGGCAGAAGAAGCAAAGGUGAGGAGGAGAGAACCUGGGGACUGGCUGGCCAGAGAGUGGUACAAUGAGGAGAAGGAGACACUCAAUACUCGCAUCAAUUUGCUCGACAGCCUCCUCCCUACAUUAAUCCCAGGAGUAGAAAAUAUGUUAAUGGAAGUGGAAAGAAACCAUGUGCUUGUAUCAGACCAAGAGCCAACCAGAUUUAACCCCAUUAAUUAUCUCGGAGAAUACCUGAUGAGGCAUAACCCUCAGUAUAAAGUUCCUACAAAACCAGGCCCGUACCUGAGAGAAAUGAAGGUGGUCUCAGAGGAGCUCAAAUCUUUGAGGCAAGGUGCAACAUCACACAGGCUGAUCCAGAUGAGGGCUGAGGCAAAGAACAAACGAGAGGAAAGGGAGGAAAUUGAAAGACAGAAGGCUGAGGAGACAGCGAGGAGAAAGGAGGUGUUGGCAGUUCUGUUCAAGGAGUGGACGGUGGAUGGCAAUUACAGAAUCCCAGCAGCACUGGUUCAGAGUACCAUCAGGUUUUUUCCAGAUGUCACUGAUUCUAUUCCUGAAGAUAUGAGAAAAGCAACCCAUGACAGGAAGCUGAAAAUCUUACACACAUUGGAAAAAACAGUAAAGCUAGAUGAGUUCACAAAGGACUCCCAGCAGUCUGGCACAAAGCUAUUGACACCAAGGGAAAUGCUCACAUUGUCUUUGCAGGGUCAGAAUCAGGCUUUAAAGCUUGUUGUUUCCUACAUUGAACAUGUUUCAAGUGACAAGUUCCAAGAAAUCAUGGAAUAUCUCCAUAAAUGUGCUGAGGACUUCCAAGAAGCAACAAAACAUGAUGCACAGAGGCAAAUUUUUACUGUCCUCUUCCAAACUUGUGAUUAUAGAAAGGUUGGUGUUUUGGAUAGACAAAAGAUACUGGCCCUGCUGAGAGACUUCUACGACAGAAGCUUCAUGAUUGAUGAGUGGGAAUUUUGGAACCCAAGAGAAUGGCCAAUAAUUGAGCUACAAGAUAUUCAUCUUAUGAAUUUCUGGGGAAGCCUUGGUGACAAGGAAGUUUAUGAGGAAUUCAGUGAAAAUUUGGUCUUGUCUCAAACAGAAAUUUCUAAAGGAGAGAUUUUAGGACAUGAGCCUAUAGAUGAUGAUAGGCAAGGGACUGACAGAAUGAGCACCAGUGUUACAGAGGGAAUUGUUGAAGCUACUGAUUUGGAUGGAGAUACCAUCCAGAGUGAGAAACCCAGCUCCCCUGAAGACACCAAAACUGAGAGGGAAGCUGAGCCUGAAACUGUAGACAGACAGGAUGAAGCUCUCCCAGGAUCAGCCUCUGCUGAGAGCAGUCUCGGUACAGAUGGAGAACCUGGAACAGGAAAAUCAGAGGAAUCCAUUCUGGGUAGGGAGCCUGAGAUGGAAACAAAACCAGAAGGAGAUCACACCUCAGCCACAGAACCUGGAUCAGGAAAAUCAGAGGAAUCCAUUCUGGGUAGAGAGCCUGAGAUGGAAACAAAACCAGAAGGAGAUCAUACCUCAGCGACAGAACCUGGAUCAGAAGGGCAAGUUAACCAAGAGGACAGUGGAGUCACAGAGACAGCACCUGAAGCUGCAAGCACUGCCUCAGGAGACAGAGCCGUGACAGACACGGAUGUCACUGAUUCCCAACAGGACACUCCAGCUGCAGAGGCUGUGGAAGAAACCCCUGCAAGCAACCAGAGCCAGUCUGCCCAAGAGACAAUCUCAGAGACAAGAGUGCAGGGUGAGGACCUUCUGCCCAGCCAGGAUAAAGACUCAGGUCCCAGCAUAGCAGAGAGUCAGAAACGUCAGGAUUCUUGUACUAAGAGUUCCUUUGCUGCAAGCUGCCUCACCCUGCCACAGUUUGUACAGCUCAUGGACAAUUUUGUUGGUGAAGACAUUUCUCUGCUUAUUUUGAAGAGGCUUACUGCAUUUAUCAAACAAGAAUACAAACUGACAGAAGAGGAAAGAAAGAAACAACUAGAAAAAGUCCAACACAUGUCUCACAUGGCCAAAAGGAAACAGCUCUUGGAGACACUUUUUGAAAAGUGGGAUAGCAGUGCAUGUGGGUCUCUAGAACUGGAAGAGGUGAUUGCUGUUCUGAGAACAUUCAAGGGAAUGGGAGAAGAGGCCUUGAUGAAGGCAAAGGAACAGCUUUGCUCCCAAUACCCUGAGCUCUGUAGAUUGGGGAAGCUAUCCCCAAAGGCAUUCCAGACUUUCCUUGAAUUAAUUGCUUCCAAGUUCCCUGGCAAUGAGGAUGAAACUAUUGAUAACUUGAUGAGAUUCCUGACCACAAGUGUGGAACAAAGUGUGGAACAAAGUCACACCAAGAGCUUGCAAAGCUCAGCCAGGUGGAAAUGGCUGCAGGAUAUCCAGCAAGCAGCUGAGAGGAGUGUAACAAGCAUGGAACCAGUGUACAAAGCAAUGAUUAAGGCCCUGUCCCAGGACAUGGAAGCCCAUGGGAAUCACAAGAAAAUCAGUGCAUAUAUUGCCCUUUUGGAAGAGAACCAGCUCUCCGCAGAGCAUGGACAGGUUCUCCUGCGCUAUGUGGCCUGUACUGCAGACAAUGCUCCCCAUGUCCUCAACCAAGCACUGCACAGAGACAUGAAAGGUGUCAGCUUUGCAGCCAUUGACCAGGGACAGCCAAUCUAUGUUCCAAGAGCUCAGCUCCACGGAAACGUUCACUUCUGGAACUCUGCCCGCCUUGUGGAGGAGAAUACAGGUUCAUUCCUGGUGCUGCCCCUGUAUGAUGCUCAUUGGAGAGUUUUUGGCAUUCUAGGACUUGACACUCUUCAGGACGAGUAUGAGAAAUCUAUCUUCCAGAUACAUGAGAUCACUUUCUAUGAGGGAGUUUGCCAUGCAUUCAGCAAAGCCUACCACUACAUCUGCAUGCAGGAAAAUGUCCUACAGGUGGCUGUCACGGCUCUGGACUGGUUGUAUCCCAGGACACCCAGCAUCCAAGCUGUCACAACCUAUCUGGUGGCACCUGGCAAAGACAAGGACUGUGCUCUGUGUAAGGUGAUCACUACAGAUAACACAGGACAAAAGGAAAUCCACAGCCCUCCUGUUGUUCUCCUCAGAGAGGAAAACCUCCUCAGAGAUUACCUAUUCAAGUGCACAGAGAGUUCAGAGGUCACUCUCACUUCUGUCUAUGGAGAAUAUCACAUUGCAGUACCUCUCCAUGACCUAUCAAGACAAACUCUCGGCAUAUUUGAUAUCAGCAUCGGACAGCAGAAGAAAUUACCACCUGAGGAACAGAAAGACCUGCAGAAAAUGCUAAAGAUGGCUCAAGCUGCCUGCUCAGAGAUCCUGCAGAGGUCUUUAGAGGAAACAGAACCAACACAAGUGCUGGAGGCAGAACGUGUGGCAAAUGUGAGGCACGCAGGGAUUCUGUUCCACCGGUUCAUGCUGCAGGAGCUUCGUGAGUGUGUCCAGAAACUCAAUGCUCAAAGCUUUGCUGGAAUAAAGAGCUGUGCAGAAGCCCCAGCUCUGGUACACGACGUAGUUAAGGCUGUGCUCCUGCUUUUGCAUCCAGACUGGAAGGACUCAGAGGAGAUUGAGAGCUGGAGUCAGUGUAAACUGAAACUUGAUGACAAUUUGAUUAAGGAGAUUUAUUGCUUUGAUCCAACUGCGUCAUCUGUGCAAGUUCAAGCAGAGCUGCUGCUGGACCUCAUCACUGAUAUCCCUCCAGCAGCAGUGUGGCAGGAGGACUCUGCUCCAGCUGAAUACCUGUACCAGUGGCUUUGCACCUGCCUGGCGCUCACAGAGAUCGCAAAGAGCCAACACACUGAAAUAGAACAUCCUUAGCCCCUUUUAGCAUCCAGUUCUAAUGUGCCUCCAAUUAAAUCUCCUAAUUUCUCAUCGAA